CCACGCUCUUAAGAGACGCAUCGUGCUUGAGAUUUCCAUAUUCAAAUGCCCUCUCCCUCUCCUUUCCACACUCACAGUGACUUCACUACACGCCACGCACUCCCCACCGCAACUUCACCACCAAAUCCCUUUCGUUAAUCUUUGUUCUUUUGUUUUCUUGGAUAAGAUAUGAGUUUAUACACAGCUCUAAUGCUUGUCUCCAGCUGAGUUUUCUCCAUAACUCUUUGUUUGUUUGUAUUCCAUUCCAUUUGCCCGGUGUUUUUAUUUCCGUGUGCAAUCUCUAGUUCACUCCGAAAAGACGAUGAAUACUAAGGGUUACCCUUGUUCUUGAGCGAUACGUGUUAUGGGAAUCUAGAAUUUUCUUCCAUCCUGCGAUCGUUUUCUGUGUAUUUUAAUCUGGGUUACUAUAUAUUUAUCAUUUGAUAUCGUUUACUUGUGGGCUUGUGGCUAUACAGAGGUGGUUGAGAUUUGAAGUCUGUCUAUAAUGGAGUUGAAAUUGUUUGAUUCCAAGUCAGUGUCCGUCUCUGAUGUUGACCUAGUUGGAAGGCCGUGUUCUAGCAUGCUUUCGAAUUCAAGGGGUGGUAGAAUCUUUCCAUGGUUCUGCUCUUAUAGAGGGGUUUCUCCAAAGGUUUCUUAUUCAAAUACUUCAAGUAAAGCAAUCCAGUCAGUUGGGCAAGAGAAGCUUGGAGUGGAAACCUUUUCAUAUCGGUUUAAUGGAACCAAUGGGACAAGGUCAACUCUGUUUUCCAGAGAGAUGAGAGUACUUGAUGCCAUUGAUGAUGAGUAUGGAGGAGUCGUUGUUGAUCCACAAAGAUUACCAGUUAAUCCAAGUUCUUUUGCUACGGUUCUCCAUUCCUCUCUUUCCCAUUGGAAAAUGCAGGGAAAGAAGGGGGUUUGGCUUAAGUUGCCAGCAGAACGGUCAGAACUUGUUCCUAUCGCAGUGAAGGAAGGUUUCCAAUACCAUCAUGCUGAGCGAGGAUAUGUGAUGUUGACAUACUGGAUUCCUGAAGGACCCUGCAUGCUUCCUUCAAAUGCUUCCCACCAUGUGGGGGUUGGAGGAUUUGUGAUUAAUGACAACAAUGAGGUGCUUGUGGUACAAGAAAAACACUAUGCUCCAGCGCUUGUUGGUCUUUGGAAAAUACCAACUGGUUUCAUUCUAGAGGCAGAAGAGAUCUCCACAGGAGUUGUAAGAGAAAUCAAGGAGGAAACUGGCAUUGAUACCGAAUUUGUGGAGGUUAUUGCCUUCAGGCAUGCUCACAACGUGGCUUUUGAGAAGUCAGAUUUGUUCUUCGUCUGCAUGCUAAGACCCUUGUCGACUCAGAUUGCCGUGGAUGAUAUUGAAAUUCAAGCUGCUAAGUGGAUGCCCUUAGAUGAGUUUGUGGAGCAACCACUAAUCCAAGGAGACUGCAUGUUCAAGAAAAUCAUUGACAUUUGCAUUGCAAGGCUGGGGAAGCGUUAUUGUGGACUGUCUGCCCAACAAUUGGUCUCUAAGUUUGAUGGAAAACUAUCCUCUUUAUACUAUAAUGUCACUGAAGCUCAAGAUCUCAAUUGUCAAGGCCUUUAAAGCCACCUUCUACUCCACUGUGCUUAGGCAACUCUCUGGCUUGCUCUCAGGUGGAAUGCAUAUAUUAUUUUCUUCCUCCUUUGUUCUCAACCGUUUCGACCUAACUACAAGUACCCUACGAGCAAUAAUGUUGUCCAAAUCCAAAUAUAACUACUGAUAUAACAAAGAUCUUUCUAAUCUACAUGUCUUGUAAUUUAGGAUGUGGCUAUUGUAAAUGUACGACCAUAAUAGCCUUUGGCUUGUGAAAAUGAAAAAUGAGAAACUCUUUACUUGUGGAGAUUA